GGCGCGGCCGGGACGUGCCGGCGCCUAUAAGAGUCGGAGCGCUGCGGCCGGAGCCUAUUGUUAGCCGGAGCCGGGGCGGUUCUGGGCUUCUGCUGCCAGGGGCGCCCGCGUUGCCGGAGCCGCCCGCCCCCCGCCGCCUGCCGGCCGGCCUGCCCACUCGCCUUCCCUCCCCGCCCUGCUGCUCUGGGAGCUCCCAGACCGUCGCCCGGGACUCGCUCGCUCCUUCGUCCUUCGCACUCGGGCUAGGGCGGCGGCGGCGGGGGCGGCAGCGACCAUCGCGGGAGGAGGCAGCUGCGGCGGGGCCGGCCCAAACACGCAGCCGACUGCCAGCCAUCGCCUUUAGUGCUGUGGUCUUGGGUCUUCCUUUUUCAAGGGGCUUAGUAUGACACACACAGCACGAGAGGGUAGAAGUUAUCCCCCAGAGAGGGAGAAAAAAAAACACUGUCCCCCUUCUCCAGUUUUCAGUGCAAGCCUUCACGGUGCUCGCUAGUGUAUUAGAAGCUCUAGGAGAUUCCGUCGUGCGCAGUUUUCUAAGCUGUUUUGACACAGCAGCCCGAUUCCCAUGUGAAAGCUAUUAAUAUCCUUGGAUGCAGCGUAUUUAAGGUACACACUUUGGGACACGCCAGGCUAUAUUCUCACUAGGAAAAAUAAUUGGGUCUAGUCUCGGUUUGGGCAAAGCCUGUUUCUGCCUGUGAUCCCUCGUCCCUCCCACUGGUCCCAUGGAGAGCACUCGUGUGUGAUCCGAAGGGCAUCUAUUCUUCUCCCUGGGCUGGGGCAGCCCAGAGCCCAGCUGGUUGGGACCAAGGCCCUCCCUCCAUGGGGAAGGGUGCUGCUGCUGCUACUACUUGUCCCAUUAUUUUAAGAGUGAUUGAGACCAGAGGGGCAGAGGGGAAGGAGGAGGAGGAUGCUGGCUGGAAUGACCUAAAGUUGAGGAGUGAGACCUCAGCGCUGGGUCAGGUGCUGUGUUCUGCAGUUAGAGAGCGCUGCGUUUGUAGACUUGGGAGGGGUGUGUCUGCAGACAGAGAUCCUGACUCCUGUUUUCCCCUGGGCAGAAUCCUAAUGCUCCUGGCUAGCUGGCGGUGAGCUGGGGCUUUGGAGCCAACGUGGUGGGCUCCCCAAGGAAACCCCUUCGAAACCAAUGGAUGCUUUCACGGGCUCGGGUCUCAAGAGGAAGUUUGAUGAUGUGGAUGUGGGCUCAUCCGUGUCCAACUCAGAUGAUGAGAUCUCCAGCAGCGACAGCGCGGACAGCUGUGACAGCCUCAACCCUCCGACGACUGCCAGCUUCACACCCACCUCCAUCCUGAAGCGGCAGAAGCAGCUGCGGAGGAAGAAUGUCCGCUUUGACCAGGUGACUGUGUACUACUUCGCCCGGCGCCAGGGUUUCACCAGUGUGCCCAGCCAGGGCGGGAGCUCCCUGGGCAUGGCCCAGCGCCAUAACUCUGUACGUAGCUACACGCUCUGUGAGUUUGCGCAGGAGCAGGAGGUGAACCAUCGCGAGAUUCUGCGUGAGCACCUGAAGGAGGAGAAACUCCAUGCCAAGAAAAUGAAGCUGACCAAGAAUGGGACGGUGGAGUCGGUGGAGGCGGACGGCCUGACGCUGGAUGAUGUCUCAGAUGAAGACAUCGACGUGGAGAACGUGGAGGUGGACGACUACUUCUUCCUGCAGCCUCUGCCCACGAAGCGGCGGCGAGCCCUGCUCAGGGCCUCUGGGGUCCACCGCAUUGAUGCUGAGGAAAAGCAGGAACUUCGCGCCAUCCGCCUGUCGCGGGAGGAGUGUGGCUGCGACUGUCGCCUCUACUGUGACCCGGAAGCAUGUGCCUGCAGCCAGGCUGGGAUCAAAUGCCAGGUGGAUCGCAUGUCCUUUCCAUGUGGCUGCUCCCGGGACGGCUGUGGGAACAUGGCUGGGCGCAUCGAGUUUAAUCCCAUCCGGGUCCGGACUCAUUACCUGCACACCAUCAUGAAGCUGGAGCUGGAGAGCAAGCGGCAGGUGAGCCGCCCCGCAGCCCCCGACGGGGAGCCCUCAGCCGCUGCCAGCUGCAGCCCAACAGGGGCCCAGGGCUCUGAGACGCAGGGCUUCCAGGACUUCAUUGCAGAGAACGAGACGGCAGUGAUGCACCUGCAGAGCGCGGAGGAACUGGAGCGGCUCAAGGCGGAGGAAGACUCCAGCGGCUCCAGCGCCAGCCUGGACUCGAGCAUCGAGAGCCUGGGCGUGUGCAUCCUGGGGGAGCCUCUGGCGGUUCCCGAAGAGCUGUGCCCAGGCCUUACAGCCCCCAUCCUCAUCCAGGCCCAGCUGCCCCCAGGCUCCUCCGUGCUGUGUUUUGCUGAGAAUUCAGACCAUCCUGCCGCCUCUCCGGUGAACAUGAACAACCCAUCGUACUUGAACAGCGGGCCCCUGGUCUACUACCAGGUGGAGCAGAGGCCAGUGUUGGCCGUGAAGGGAGAGCCUGGUCCGGAAGAAGGCCCGGCGCCUUUCCCCAGGGAGAAGGAUCUGAGUGUCUUCUCUGUCCCACUUACCUCGCUGGCGGCUCGUCCCCCAGACCCGCCUGCCCCCUGCAGACCCGAGAUGGGGAAGACAGCCGCCCUGGAAGCGCUCCUGCCCGAAGACUGCAGCCCCGAGGAGCCCGGCAGUGAAGACUUCCGCCCUUCCUGGUCCCCCUCGAACCUUCCCUUCCGCUCAGACAGUGAGGGCGGCUGUGGGGCGGAGGAGACCUCUCAGCCGAGUGAGGACCGGCCCCCCGAAGAGGCCACCCUCGAGCUCCCUCUGGCCGUGUGACGUGGAGAUGGAGACGGCCUCUUCCCCACUCUAUUUAUUCCCUUAUUUUAUCGAACGUCAUUUCAAAACAAAACUGCAGAAGCGGC